UGUACCGGAAGUUAUAAUAGUGUCAGCUGCCAGCUGUAUUUGUGGAAGUGGUCCGUGUUUAGUAUGGAAAUUUAGCGUUUUGGUACCCUCUAUUUACAGUUUUCACAAUGAUAAAGGCCAUUCUUGUAUUUAACAACCAUGGGAAGCCUCGAAUGAGCAGAUUUUAUCAGCACUACGCGGAAGACAUUCAGCAGCAAAUCAUCAGGGAAACAUUUCAUCUCGUGUCAAAGAGGGACGACAAUGUCUGCAACUUCCUGGAAGGGGGAACGCUCAUCGGAGGCUCUGAUUACAAGUUGAUCUACCGUCACUACGCCACGCUGUACUUUGUGUUCUGUGUGGACUCCUCGGAAAGCGAGCUGGGGAUUCUAGACUUGAUACAGGUAUUUGUGGAGACGCUAGACAAGUGUUUUGAGAACGUCUGUGAGCUGGACUUGAUCUUCCAUGUAGACAAGGUCCACUACAUCCUGGCGGAGCUGGUGAUGGGUGGGAUGGUGCUGGAGACGAACAUGACGGAGAUUCUCACCCGCAUCGAGGAGCAGAACAAGAUGGAGAAGCAAGAGGCGGGCAUUGCUGCAGCUCCAGCUCGAGCUGUGUCGGCCGUCAAGGACAUGAACAUUCCACAGAAGAUCAAAGACAUCAAGCUCCCGGACUUGCCAUCAAUAGGCAACCUCAAGUUCUAACCGACCACAUCGUGUCUAUGUACUUCACUCGUAUAAGUCAUGUUGUUGCUCUCAAGUUGAAAGUUCAUCGAUCAUUGUCAGAAAUUAAGGGGGUUCCGGUGUGCCUGGGUUCUUCUUGUAUGGUGUCUAGGCAACCUCAAGAAGUUCUUUUAUAUAAGCUAUUAUAUAAUUAUUUGUUGAAUCACAGAUGUCUUUUACAAAGCCAGAUUUCAGAGGAAGGAAUAAAAUAGCUCUUCAGCUCUCUCUGAUUUUAAACGGGAUCACAAAAUGCUUUUACAUGUACUACCUGUUGGUGAUAGAAUGAUCCACCAUCUUUAGUGCCAGUAUUUGCUGGAAGCUUCAAGUUUUUUCUCUGAAGACAAAGGGAGUUACUUUCGUCAAAGACUGUGUAUCAAGACAAGGGACAUAACUCUUUCGCUACGAUUUGUUGACUGAACGAUUUGGUGAAAUAUUAUUAAUUUUUUUCUAAUUUUCAGCAAAAAUAUAUUUCAACAAAUAAAAAAAAAAGGGCCUAAAGGUUUUGAAAAGGACCCAGUGACUUUCAUCCUUUAUUCCGAACAUGGAUCAGGAUGAAACUAUCCUUAUUUCUGACCUCGUUUCACUUGUCCAUAUCAUGUGUUGUGCUGAAGUAGAUCAGGACAGUUAAUGACCAAUUGUGAAUCUUGAGAAACAUGUAUAUUUGUGUAUACUAUGUGCAAUCUACAUUGUGUGUCAGUUGUCGAAAGUCAUUUGGUGUGGAGUAUGAUCAGUAAUGGGACUUGUUGUCACUUGACAUAGCCAGGGCCAGAUGCCAGGGCCUCCUGUGAGCAGGUGCCCUUGUGUGUUUCCAUCAAUUAAAGGCAGAUCACAUCUCCA